CGUGCUGGGGAAGGCGGCAGUCGUCCCCAACCGUCGCCUGGGCACAGUCCGCGGCGGGCCAAUGUCGUCGCCACCCGGCCGCCGCGCCCGCGUGUCGUCCCCAGGGACUAGCCGCCAGGGCUCCGAUGCCCGCGAGGAGGUGCGGCGCCGCCUGAAGGACCUCAUCGAUGCCAACCGGGUGAUGAUCUUCAGCAAGAGCUACUGUCCACACAGCACGAGGGUGAAGGAGCUCUUUUCAUCCUUAGGUGUGGACUAUAACAUCCUGGAACUUGAUCAAGUUGAGGAUGGGGCCAAUGUUCAGGAAGUGUUGAAAGAAAUCAGUAACCAGAAAACAGUGCCCAAUAUUUUUGUGAAUAAAGUACACGUCGGCGGAUGUGACCGAACUUUCCAGGCACAUCACAAUGGUUUACUGCAGAAGCUCCUUCAGGAAGACUUGGCUCAUGAUUUCGAUCUCAUUAUCAUCGGCGGGGGUUCUGGCGGUCUCUCUUGCGCAAAGGAAGCUGCCAACUUGGGAAAGAAGGUCAUGGUGCUAGACUUUGUGGUCCCAUCGCCUCAGGGCUCAUCCUGGGGCCUUGGCGGCACCUGUGUAAAUGUGGGCUGCAUUCCUAAGAAGCUGAUGCACCAGGCAGCCCUCCUGGGGCAGGCCUUGCAGGACUCGAGGAGGUUUGGCUGGGAAUAUAACCAGCAGGUGAAACACAACUGGGAAGUCAUGACAGAAGCCAUUCAGAACCACAUUAGCUCCUUGAACUGGGGCUACCGGCUGACCCUUCGGGAGAAAGGUGUGACCUACGUCAACGCCUACGGGGAGUUUGUCGAGCUGCACAAAAUCAAGGCAACCAACAAGAAAGGACAGGAGACUUUUUACACUGCUUCGAAGUUUGUCAUAGCAACAGGUGAAAGGCCACGGUACCUGGGAAUCCAAGGAGAUAAGGAAUACUGUAUUACGAGUGAUGACCUCUUCUCUCUGCCGUACUGCCCUGGGCGCACGCUAGUCAUCGGCUCCUCCUAUGUCGGUCUGGAGUGCGCGGGGUUCCUGGCUGGCUUGGGGUUAGACGUGACAGUUAUGGUACGCUCUGUCCUUCUUCGUGGCUUUGAUCAAGAAAUGGCAGAGAAGGUGGGAUCCUACAUGGAACAACAAGGUGUCAAGUUCCAAAGGAAAUUCACUCCUGUUUUGGUUCAACAAAUGGAAAAAGGCUCGCCUGGAGUAUUGAAAGUCGUGGCUAAGUCUACGGAAGGACCGGAAACAGUUGAAGGGACAUACAACACGGUUUUGUUAGCAAUUGGUCGUGACUCCUGUACAAGGAAAAUAGGGCUGGAGAAGAUCGGGGUCAAAAUCAAUGAGAAGAAUGGCAAAAUACCAGUAAAUGAUGUGGAACAGACCAACGUUCCUCAUGUGUAUGCUAUUGGGGACAUACUGGAGGGCAAACCAGAGCUCACACCUGUUGCCAUACAGGCAGGCAAGCUGCUAGCCAGAAGACUCUUUGGGGCCUCUUUGGAAAAGUGUGACUAUGUUAACAUCCCAACCACGGUGUUCACACCUCUGGAAUAUGGCUGCUGUGGGCUGUCUGAAGAGAAAGCCAUCGAAGUGUAUAAAAAAGAGAAUCUGGAAGUGUACCACACCUUGUUCUGGCCUCUGGAGUGGACAGUCGCUGGCAGAGACAACAAUACCUGUUAUGCAAAGAUAAUCUGCAACAAAUUCGACAAUGAGCGUGUGGUGGGAUUUCACCUUCUGGGGCCAAAUGCUGGUGAAAUAACACAGGGAUUUGCAGCUGCAAUGAAAUGUGGGCUUACCAAGCAGCUACUGAAUGAUACCAUUGGGAUCCAUCCCACAUGUGGUGAGGUGUUCACAACGCUGGAGAUCACGAAGUCCUCAGGGCUGGAGAUUACUCAGAAAGGCUGCUGAGGCUAGCCCUGCUGUUGUUGGGUUUCCCUGGCACACUCUCACUCUGUGCCCAUGUUCCAGGAUUUCUCCUGGCACAGAGAUGAGAAGGUG